ACAAAAAAGAUAUGCCUUGAUUACGAAGGAAUGAUUACGGUGGAAUAUCAGACAUUGAUCCUCAGACUCCCUUAUAAAAUAUUAAGAGUAAGCCGGCCCGAGAUGAGUCUGGAGUCGUUGUUUCAGCAUAUCAUCUUCACUGAGCAUCAGGCUGAGGAGAGCCGCAGAGUGAUGCGAGAAGUGAGGUCGGAAAUUACCAAGUGUCGUGGAAAAAUUAAGAAGGCAACAGAGGAUCUGAAUGAAGAGAAAGUCAAGUUGGAAUCCAAGGUUCAGCAGUUUUCUGAGAAAUCUUUCCUCUUAGAGCUUUUGAAAACCCAUGAAAACGCGUUAGAGAGACAGCACAGUGAGAUUAUCAGUGAGCGGGAUACACUACUCCAAGCCUGCGAGGCUAUAAAGAAAAAAACCACAGAGGAAGAGGAAAGAUUUAUUAAGGAAAUUACAGACUUCAAUGACAAUUAUGAAAUAACCAAGAAAAGAGAUACUUUGCUGAAAGAAAAUAUUAAGAUGGAAAUUGCUGACUUAGACAACCAGGCAGAUGUUUUGAGAGGGGAAAUGAAGUCAAUGGAAUGUAACAAUGGACAGUUACGGGAACUUCAAAAACUGAAAAAUGAACUGUUACAAGAAUUAUUUACUCUCCAGAAAAAGCUUAAAGUUCUUAAAGAUGAAGAGACUGAAGCCAUUUGUAUCACCAAACAUCUAGAGGCAGAAAAAAACAAGAUAAGAGCUAAGCCUCAACAUGAUCCUGAGUGUGUGCGGCUUAAAAGGGAGUUAGAUCUUUAUAGAGCAGAAGACAUGGAAGGUAUCUGCAGAGCUCUCCAAACAGAAGUGGACCUUCUGGAGUCGGCACUGGCACCAAAGGAUACCGGACGAUAACUCCUCGAGCUGAUGAGCCGCCUCACACUUGAACAUCCUAGAUCCAGACAUGAGCAUGUAGAGCAGAUCACGUUUCUAUAUGAGCAUUAGGUCCAGGCCCAUGUGGAAGAGUGCUGACUUUAUUGUAUACCUACAUAACAUGGUUUAUCUUUAAGAGGUCCUCGUGCAGUUUCUAAAUGGAGAGAAAGGAGAAGAUACUGAACUCCAGGCUUCUUAAGCUGUUUUGUCCUUUCUGAUCUCUCUGUCUCAUUUUUUACUGUAGCUUACCUUAGGUCCUGUCAAACACACACAGAAAGAAGUGUUCAGGUUAUUGAUUCAAUUUUGUUGGUGUUGUUUCUGCCAGGGAAGAGUGCUUACUUUGAUUUUAUUAUUCUUCCAAUCAUCAAAUGCCUGUCAGCCGUGAUCACUUGAGGCCUUUCCUUCCUGUGUGUGUGCAGAGAGCAUCAAAGUCUGAGGCAUCUCCAGACAGUCUCCAUGGUUCCUGUACCUACCACUUCUCCUCCGAAUGACAGCCUUGGUUGGGAGUAAGGAAGUUCUUCACUUGGGAAGGUGUGGAAUGCCCAGCAUUGUGUUCUCUCCACAAUGACCUGUCCUGCUCCCAGAUCCGGUAUUUUCACUAGGAUCAGAGCUGUUGAAUUUUCACUAGUGUUUCCCUAGGAUCGGAGCUGUUGAAUUUUUUCUAGUGCUUCACUAGGUUUAGAGCUGUUUAGUCAGAGCCUAAACCAGGCUAUAUGGGAGGAUGGAGUGUUAGAAUUGUUAAGUGUUGAUGUUGGAGCUGUGGUCCUGUGAAUUUGUUUAGUGCCUCACAUGACCAGUUCAGAAAUGUCUCAAAUCCAUUUGGGUUAAAGUAGAGUGCCAAGGCUUUAAUUUCAGAGAAAGUGUUACUUUGCUACAACUAUUUUGGUAACUGUAGUUGUAUACUCUUACUUUUGAAAAAAACAGGAAACUCGCCUUUGGGGCAAAGGCACCAGAAUCUUAGAUCUGUGACUGUUAUGCAAUGUUAAUGAGCUGGAGAAUUUACGUAUAGACUUCUUUCCACUCAUAGCCAUUCGUGCACAUGACUGGGUCUAGAGUGAAACUCUGGUAUGGCCUGCGGAUGCCCUGUUAUGCAUACAAACAGAAUCGACCACCACUUACUUAUAUGACUGUCAUCUGUUAGCGUGCCGUAUGAAACUGUAGUAAGAAAUUCAGUGACAGCUGUGGCUUGGUGUUUCUACUAUUUAAAACGAAAUAAAUAACUCAAGGUUCAAGCCACUGUUCACAUAGUCAAAGGUAUGGCACUAUGCGCACUGUGUGGGAGAGUAACACAAUACUAGCCAUGUGACUGGACUGUGUCCACAGGACAGGUUCUGCAAAGUGGAGGAAACAGCAGCCAGCAGCAGCCAUGGGGUAAAGCCGAGCUGCUCCCGCUGGGGUAAAGCCAAGCUGCUCCCGCUGGCAUAGGUCUUCAGUUGUUGCUUUCCUCUCCUUUUCCAUAUUUGUAAGUCAUAAAACUCUUGGAAGGAAAAUUAACUGAAUUUGUGUACAUAUAAAUAUGUCUCAGACUGAAUUUAAUUACUCUGGAAGUGAGACAGUGACUAUAGAGAGAGGCAGUGUGUGAGCAAGUUGACUAUUCAGUUAAUUCAUUAAAGUGGUUGUGCGUUUAGUCAUGAGCAAAGUGCCACUAACCAUGUGAUCCCAAUGCCGCACUUGCACUGCCUGCCAUGCCAUUGUGGAUCUUUAAUGCCACCCUACUUUCAAGGAGCAAUUUCUAAUUUUUACCUCUCUAUUGGAGACUAUUAGAAUGUAUAGCUUGUUAUGUAUUUUCCUGUUGAUUGAGAGCCACUUGGCUAGAGGAAAAGUAGCAAUAAAAUCAUAGGAUGUGGAGCAUGCCCUAGUGCAGAUUCCUUUCUCUUCUUAGACCUUAGUGUUGAAAGGCAGGGAGAGGCAAGGAGAAGAAAGAACUUUACGGGUUGUGCAGCUAGACAGGGUUGCCUCUUCAUUGUCUUGUUGAAAAUAUAUUUUCUUUGGUAAAAGAGAAAGAGCAUUUGCCUGCCUGCCUGCCUGCCUGCCUGUCUUUUCUUGGAACUUGUAAAACUAGGAUGAGAUUUUAAAAGCCUAAAAGAAGGUUGAGGUCAUUGUAUUAUAAUCAGUAAGGACUAGGAAACUGAGUGAAGUGGCGUUGAUCCCUUACUGUGGAGUCUCUUACCAGAUGGGCAUGCUGGGUGCUUGCAGAUAGAUAGACAGUACACACCGGCCAUGUGCCUUCUUGGCCUUGGCUGAGGAGAGUCCUUUUCUAUUUUGCACUAAUCAAUCAUAAAUAACUAUGUCACACUGUGAUGACUAAAUUGUUUAUUUGCAGUCCAGAAAUCAGUAGCCGUUCAGGGACAUGAUUAGCAAUGAAGAAGACAUUGUAGGCAUGGGCACAGUAGGAUAAGGUGCUCUGUCUUAAAUGUCUAUUAUAGUAUAAAAUUUGAACUGUGACGUUGGUCAGCAUCCUAGUGAGCCGUUCAGCACUUGGAGUUGGUCUAUUUUAGGUGGGCUUCCAUGCUUGCUUGUUCUACCUCUCUUCUGUCUUUGCCAUUUGAAAAAAUGUAAGCUUACCUCUCAGAAUCCAGUUCAGAACAUUUUCUGUCAAGGGGAUUUUUUUCAGGAUGUGAACUAAAAGUGAAAAAUAUUUCAUAUCAUUAGCCUGGAGCAGGGAUUAAAUCUUAGAGGUCUGUGCCCCUUUUAUCUUAAUACAACAGGUUUUGUUUUAUUUUAUUUUUAAUGUAAGAAUGGAGUAGAGUUAUCUCUGAAAAUGUUUAAGGUAGGAAUGCAUAGUUAGCUGACUUUGUACUUUGUGAAUAUUGUAUUUUAAAGUUAAAUUGUUUUGUUUUGGCUUUAUCUAAAAGUCAAAUAAUUAUACUGGAGAUUCAACGUCAUCUUCUUAUUUAAUUCACUCAGGAUAUGAAAUAAAUAACACUGACACAACCUUGACUAAUAGUCCAUGAAGGAUAUUGUAUUAGGCCCCCUCCCCCAUACAGGAGAAGCAAGAUUUCCCAUUGUUUGCUGGCGGAGGCUCCUGUUUGUUAAGCACAGGAGGACCUGCACAAGGUAGCAUGUGUUACCAGAGCAUGCCUUCUUUCACUGGAGGAAGAAGCAACACUAGAGACAGGCUGGCCCCGUGUGUUGUGCGCUCCCAGCCGCUGCCAUGGAAAGUCCCGAGCUGUUGGAAUCGAGUGCUUAUUUAAACAACUGCUUCUAAUACAUAGCAAAUUUAUCUUUAAAAAGCCUUUAUAAAAUCAACAGCACCAGAAUUCAGAUGUUGGGGAAAAUAAAGAACAAGUGAAAUGUAAAAUUAAUAGCAAUGACUGACAUAGCAAGGAGCUGUUCUGAGGCACAGGAAGCAGGAGAAAUGCUUUUGUUUUUCUCUUUACAGCCAGAAGAGCUCCACGCCUCUCAUGAUUCUAAGUUCAUUAUUUUCAUACUUGUAAUAAAUUGCCAUCCUAAUUAGUUGGUAAAUAAAAUCUUGUUAAAA